CUUUUUUUUUCCCUGGGAGCGACGAGAUCUAAUCCAACUCUCUCUCUUUUUCUCUUCCGCCUUCGAACAGCCUCUUGUUAACGCCGCAUCUUCAUCGCCGCCCGCGUCGAGUUUUUACGUUUUCCUCUCUUGCCGGUAAAACCUAGAUUCCCCCGCCAUCACGAGUCAAAUCGAUCCGUCACAAUGGCCGAGUUUGUGCGUGCGCAGAUCUUUGGCACCACGUUCGAGAUCACCUCAAGGUACUCGGACCUCCAGCCCGUGGGUAUGGGAGCGUUUGGUCUCGUCUGCUCUGCGCGAGACCAGCUCACCAACCAAAAUGUCGCCGUCAAGAAGAUCAUGAAGCCCUUUAGCACGCCUGUGCUGGCUAAGCGGACGUAUCGCGAGCUGAAGCUGCUCAAGCAUCUCCGACACGAAAAUGUCAUUUCUCUCAGCGACAUCUUCAUCUCUCCCCUCGAGGACAUCUACUUCGUCACAGAGCUUCUUGGCACCGAUCUCCACCGGUUAUUAACCUCCCGACCGCUCGAGAAACAAUUCAUUCAAUACUUCCUCUACCAGAUCAUGCGAGGCCUGAAAUAUGUCCACUCGGCCGGCGUCGUCCAUCGCGAUCUCAAGCCCAGCAACAUUCUCGUCAACGAAAACUGCGAUCUCAAGAUUUGCGACUUUGGUCUGGCACGAAUCCAGGACCCGCAGAUGACGGGCUAUGUGUCAACACGAUACUACCGAGCCCCGGAAAUCAUGCUCACAUGGCAAAAGUACGACGUCGAGGUCGAUAUCUGGAGCGCCGGAUGCAUCUUUGCUGAGAUGCUUGAGGGCAAGCCCCUGUUCCCGGGCAAGGACCACGUGAACCAGUUUUCCAUCAUCACUGAGCUGCUUGGUACUCCUCCGGACGACGUCAUCAACACUAUUGCUAGCGAGAAUACGUUGCGUUUCGUCAAGUCGCUACCCAAGCGUGAACGACAGCCACUUCGAAACAAGUUUAAGAAUGCAGACGAUUCAGCCAUUGAUCUUUUGGAGCGAAUGCUUGUUUUCGACCCCAAGAAGCGAGUAACGGCUACCCAGGCUUUGGCCCACGAGUACCUCCAGCCGUAUCACGACCCUACGGAUGAGCCCGUUGCCGAUGAGAAGUUUGACUGGAGUUUUAACGAUGCCGACCUUCCCGUCGACACAUGGAAGAUUAUGAUGUACUCGGAGAUUCUUGACUACCACAACGUUGAGGGCGCGCCAAACAUGGAGGAGCAGUUCGCCACACAAUAGAUUGGGAGAAGGGAAGAAGAGCGGACUUCGAAUUACAGGGUGGGUGGCAUAAAAAGAUUUUGAACCACUGCACACAAGACGGAUACAGGAACGCGCGCGUCAGUAGACAACCGGUUACGCGACUCACAAGGGCCAGCGCGCCUUGUUCCGUGACAGAUGCUUUUUGCAGUUUCCGGCGUUGGGGAGGGAAAGACUGGCUUGGAGGGGAGGGGGGCUAUUAGGAAGGGUUAAAUAUGUUGUAAAGACUUGUGAUUGUGUGUGCAGCGACGACAACGAUAAAAUAUACGAAGAAACGGGCUUUCUUUUUCCUUUUUUGUC